AUGAUCUCCGCUACAUCCUGGGUUCCAAGAGGGUUUGCCUCUGAAUUUCCAGUUCAAUACGAACUUGACGAUGAAGAAAUGGAAAGAAUCAACCAAUUAGCUAAGUUAAAUCUAGAAGAUGCCAAAGCUGAUCUGGAAGAUGUCGAACAAGAUAAUGACGAAACAGAAGCUACCGAACUAGAUGAAGAAAAAGGUUCUAAAAGUUCGGAAAAAUUGAAGGAUCAAAUAGAUAUAGAUGACAACUUAAAGGAAUUUGACUUAGAGCAUUACGAUGAAGAACCAUCAGGUACUGGUGAAGAUGUUUCCAUAUUUCCAGGUUUAGCAAACGAGGAAGUUAAAUUUUAUGAAGGUGAAGAAGGUGAAGACCCUUACAUCACUCUACCAACACAAGAAGAUACUAAAGAAGAAAAAGAAGAGUUACAAGUGUAUCCAACAGAUAAUAUGGUAUUGGCUACUAGAACUGAAGAUGAUAUCUCAUAUCUAGAUGUAUAUGUUUAUGAUGAUGGUGCUGGUUUCCAUGACAGCGAAAUUCCAACAGAAAAAGGUGACGAAUUCGAUCCAGAUGUGGCUCGUGGCUUUGUCCGUGAUAGUUCAUUGUACGUUCACCAUGAUUUAAUGUUACCAGCCUUCCCAUUAUGUGUUGAGUGGUUAAAUUACAGGCCAGGUUCUAAUUCCGAAGACCCAGCUAAUUUCGCUGCUAUUGGUACUUUUGAUCCAAAUAUCGAAAUUUGGAAUUUAGAUAUUACCGAAAAAGCUUUCCCAGAUAUGAUUUUAGGUGAACCAAUGGAAAACUCUAUGUUAGGUAUGACUGGUAAGAAAAAGAAGAAGAACUCUAAGAGUAAAAAACAACAUAUAACUACACACCAUACUGAUGCCAUUCUGUCAUUAUCUCAUAACAAGCAUUUCCGUUCCGUAUUAGCAUCCACGUCUGCUGAUCACACCGUCAAAAUAUGGGAUUUGAAUUCCGGUGACGCAGCCCGUUCUUUAGCUUCCAUCCACAACAAUACUAAUGUUUCAUCCUCUGAAUGGCACUGGACUAAUGGUUCAAUUCUAUUAACCAGUGGCUAUGACUCACGUGUUGCAUUGAGUGAUGUAAGAAUUUCAGACGAAUCUCAAAUGUCUAAAUACUGGUCAGUUAUGGGUGGAGAAGAUAUAGAAACUGCCACGUUUGCUGAUGAAAAUAUAAUCUUAUGUGGUACUGAUGCCGGUAACGUUUACUCAUUUGACGUUAGAAAUGGUGAUGCUUCUAAACCAGUCUGGACUUUAAAAGCCCAUGAUGCAGGUAUUUCUACGCUGAACUCCAACCGUUUCAUUCCAGGUAUGAUGUCCACUGGUGCUAUGGGUGAAAAGACCCUUAAGUUAUGGAAAUUUCCGGUUAGUGAAAGCACUUCGAAGGGUCCAAGAAUGGUCUUAUCUCGUGAUUUCGACGUUGGUAAUGUUUUAUCAUCUUCUUUUGCUCCAGAUAUCGAAGUUUCCGGUAACAUUGUUAUUGGUGGUGUGAAUGGUGGUCUAAAAUUAUGGGAUGUUUUCUCUAACAGAACUGUUCGUAAAAUAUUCAAUGAUGAAUUACACGGUGUACAAAAGAGAGCUAGGGAUGAAGCCAAACAAAAUGGCAGAAGUUCAAGAAUCACUAGAAAAUAUAUCAAAAACGAUAACCCUGAUACUGUUUUGACAAUUGAGGAUAAAGGUGAAGAUGAAGAAGAAAGAGAAGGUGAAGACGAUGAGGGUGAUUGGGAAGACGACAUGUAA